UAUUCUCUAACUUAUAACCUUCAAUUUCUUCAUGAGUGUCAACCUCUUUCAAGCUUCAUUCAUUACCGCUAUUUUCUUUUUCUACCCAAGUCAAAUACCAAGUCAACCCCAUCUCUUAAUCUAUUUAUAUUAGCGGUAACAAUCAACUUAGAAGAGAAAACUGAGUGAUUAAUCAUAGUUAUGUUUGAUAAAAUCAAUCAAUAAUUGGUUUUAUUUAAGAAACUAGUUCGGAUAACAAAUAAUUGAGAGGUAUCUUCAGCUUCAAAAUGUCUAUAUAAACACAUGCACACAGCUUUACACUUGUAUUAAAAUCCUAACCUUGCUCAUCAUCAAUGGCUACACAUUACAAUAUUCUGUAUUGCUUAUGCAUUUCUUUUAUCAAUUUCUCACUCUUCAGCCCUACAUUAGCACAAACUGACAAUUAUAUUGUUCACAUGGAUUUGUCCGCCAUGCCCAAACCCUUCUCUAACCAUCAUAGCUGGUACUUAGCAACUCUCUCUUCGGCUUUCGCAGAGUCUAAAACCCGAAACACUGAUUCUGCUUCACUUUUCUCUUCUAAACUUCUUUAUACUUAUACUCACGUUAUCAAUGGCUUUAGUGCUCAUCUAUCUCUUUCUGAGCUUGAGGUAUUGAAAAAUUCUCCAGGGUUCAUUUCUGCCACUAAAGACUUGCCUGUCAAACUCGACACGACUCGUUCGCCUACGUUUCUUGGCCUCAACGGCAACUCAGGGACGUGGCAGUCGACGAAUUAUGGUGAGGGUGUGAUUAUCGGAGUUGUGGAUACCGGUAUAUGGCCGGAAAGUGAGAGCUACAGUGAAAAGGGAAUAUCGGAGAUUCCGAAAAGAUGGAAAGGAGAAUGUGAAAGUGGAAACCAAUUCAAUUCUUCGCUGUGUAACAGAAAACUGAUCGGAGCUAGAUUUUUCAACAGAGCUUUAGUUGCCAAAACUCCUAACAUCACCAUUUCUAUGAACUCAACUCGCGACACGGACGGCCACGGGACUCACACUUCCAGUACGGCGGCUGGGAAUUUUGCGGAAGGUGCCUCUUUCUUCGGCUAUGCUGCCGGAACUGCUAGCGGUGUGGCUCCGAAGGCUCAUGUGGCUAUGUAUAAAGCUCUCUGGGAAGAAGGUGGUUUCACUGCUGAUAUAAUUGCUGCAAUUGAUCAAGCUAUAAUGGACGGUGUGGAUGUCAUUUCCAUUUCUUUGGGCUUGGAUGGUGUUCCUUUGUACGAAGACCCAAUUGCCUUGGCCACAUUUGCUGCUGUAGAGAAGAACAUUUUUGUAUCCAGUUCUGCAGGAAAUGAAGGCCCAUUUCUUCAGACAUUACACAACGGUAUACCUUGGGUUCUAACUGUUGCCGCGGGUACGCUCGACCGCGAAUUCAGUGCUGUUUUAAUGCUUGAAAAUGGCGUUUCCGUCACCGGUCAGUCUCUUUAUCCUGGAAAUUACUCUUUUAAUCAAACCCCAAUUGUUUUCUUGGGUUCAUGUAGUGAUCCCAAGGAGGUGAAUAAGGUCGGACCAAAAAUUGUAGUGUGUGAAGAUAAAAACGCUUCUUUAGAUGACCAAUUUGAUAACCUGAGACGUGCUAAUAUAACGGGAGGCAUCUUCAUAACUAAUUUCACCGAUCUUGAACUGUUUAUUCAAAGUGGUUUUCCGGCAAUUUUCGUAAGCAGAAAAGACGGAGAGACCAUCAAAGAUUUCAUCAAGAGCGGAGAAAGCCCGCAUGCAAAAAUGGAGUUUCAGAAAACAAAUCUGGGGAGCAAAUUAGCUCCGAGUCUGGCUAGCUACAGCUCUAGAGGACCAUCGCCGAGUUGUCCGUACGUUAUGAAACCAGACAUUAUGGCUCCUGGUUCGUUAAUCUUAGCCGCAUGGCCGCACAACGUUGAAGCCUUGAGCAUCGGUUCAAAACCGCUAUUCAGCAAUUUUAAUAUACUGUCAGGAACAUCAAUGUCUUGUCCGCAUUUAUCAGGAGUGGCGGCGCUCGUGAAAAAGGCUCAUCCUGAUUGGAGCCCGGCCGCGAUCCGGUCAGCCAUGAUGACUACCGCUGAUACAGAGGAUCACACUAAUACGCCAAUCAAAGAUAUCGGAAACAACAACCAGCCUGCAACUCCAUUAGACAUGGGUGCGGGUGAGGUUAACCCUAGCAAAGCACUAGACCCCGGUCUGAUUUACGACAUGAACCCAACCGAUUACGUGAACCUCCUCUGCGCAUUAAAUUUCACUCAGAAGCAAAUCAAGAUAAUCACAAGGUCAUCGUCUAAUGAUUGUUCUUCGCCCUCAUUGGACAUUAACUACCCUUCUUUCAUUGCCUUCUUCAAUUCAAACGACUCUAAAAGUUCGACCACCGUACAAAAAUUUCAUCGGACAGUGACCAACAUAGGAGAAGGAACAUUAAGUUACAGUGCAAAACUGACGGCCAUUAAUGGAGUAAAGGUCAGUGUUGUACCAGACAAGUUGGAGUUUAAGGGCAAGAACGAGAAGCUGAGUUAUAAAUUAGUGAUAGAAGGUCCAGCAAUGUUAAAAGAAAGUGUAGUGUUCGGCUAUCUUAGGUGGGUUGACAGUGAAGGUAAAUACAGUGUGAAGAGUCCUAUAGUGGUUACAGCAUUGAGUUCGGAGUUAGUUUCUUCUUAAUUAGAAGAGCUAAUUUUAAUUGUCAUUAUUGAUUACUUGUUGUAUACUUCAAAGUGUUAAUUAAUAACCUUAAUGAAUAAUAACAUUAUAUGAAUCAA